CUUGUCGCAAGUCGAAGGCUUUCCAAUUAAGAUCAAGAAUUUCUUCGGCGUCGGAGAAAACGGCCCGAUGUGCGCCACUAAAAAGCAACCCAACCUCAGACAACCAAAAAGACCAAAGACAUCGCCGAUUGACAGCGCAAAUAUCACCAGCAAUGGCUGUGCCACGUUCUAGGAUAUUGGACCUGAUGAAGGUAGGUUUAUCUGAUAUACAAGAAACUGUACUCGCCAGAAUACUUAUUCUACAAGGUCCAAUGUCGAAUCUUCUCCCAUACCUUCAACCCCGAAGGCCAGCGACUCGGAAACAAAGUCUUGCGCCAACGACUAAAGGGACCGGCUCUGGCAUCAUAUUAUCCAAGGAAAAUGGGCACGUACAAGGACCUGCAGAAGGCGUAUCCAGAGUGGGAGGUUAUCAAUGAGGAGGAGGAGCAUCGGCGGGAAAUGCUCAAGAUGUAUGCUACAAGGGAAAGAGAGGUGGUUGGAACACCAGCUAAUAACUUUGCAGUAUCAAGGCACGCGGAAAGGGUGCACCAAAGAAGAAGAGGACGGCGGAAGGUCUGUAUAACCGCGCUGGGUACUGGGUCUAUACUGACACUCUGCAGAAUCAAAGAAGUUCAAGAACAAGAAACGUGCGGCGGAGAGAGCCGCUGGAACAGCUACAUAGAACUAGCGAAAGAAAUAAUGCAGGAAAUGUGUAUCAGAUAUGGUUUAUUUGUAAAAUACUCGGCGUUUGGUGGAGAUACCAGAAGAGACACCAAUACAGGAAGAUGGCUGCUCAGCAUAGAGAUGUUCUAUUUGCACAAUUACAAGAUCAGUCUUGGGGGUUGAUGCCCUCCAUCGUAAGUCUUCAAUUUUGUUUUCGCCUCGUCAUAUCGGCUCUUGUGUAGCCAUGAUGGCGCUCCAUUCUUGAGUAUAUUGGGAAGAGUGGAAUCUGUUUCAAUAGCCCAAAGUUACCAAUUAAUGGGAUUCGAC